AUGGCUUUCGACAACCUCUUCCGCAAAGCCUUCUGGGCCCUGGCUGGAUGUGGAUUGAUCUAUGCGCUGGCCAUUGGUGCUUUGACCUUGCCGGUUGUCCAGCGCAAUGCCACCUAUGUCCACAAUAUCAAUCCUACGUAUUUCCAAGAUCUGAACAAUACUGAGCAGUUUGGCUUCCUCCAGCAUCAAAUCCAACCAUUUACCGUCAAUACUCCGGACAAUGUGACUCUGUUUGCGUGGCACAUCCUGCCGACACAUCUUUACUACAAGCACGAGAAAGCCUUGACUGAGCAAACAGAUUUUGGCCUGAAGCCUUUUGAUGUUGCUUCCAAAAGCGUUGGCCUUCAACUGCUUCUCAAUGAUCCCACAGCUACCGUCGUGGUAGCCUUCCAUGGAAAUGCUGCACACCUCGCCUCCAACUACCGCCCUUCGGCAUACCAGCAGAUACUGGGUGUGUCGACGCCGGAAAAACCUGUCCACGUUAUAGCUUUCGACUACCGCGGAUUCGGCCUGAGCACUGGCAGUCCCACCGAGCAGGGCGUGAUUCAGGAUGCAGUAUCGGUACUGUCUACUUUAACCGGGGAGUCCGACGACGGCCAAACUCGACGCAACGCAGGGCACCAGUAUGUGGACCCAGCGCGUGUGGUCUUGGUGGGACAGUCCAUGGGCACGUUUAUUUCGACUGCCUUCUAUUACGAGUGGGUGGUAAAACUCGGCAGAGCACCGUUCAAGGGCUUGAUUUUGAUCGCCAGCUUCACCUCAUUGCCCAACUUACUCGAGUCCUACUCAUUCAAGGGCCUCACCCCUCCAGUUUUGUCCCCGUUGAUGGCAUAUCCUCGACUGCAAGAAUGGUUGCGCUCCAAGAUUCAAGACAAAUGGGACGCGAGCUCCAGGUUAGUGGAGCUCGUAAAGACGCCAGAAGUUCAACUUCAUCUUACUAUGCUACACGCUCGCAAUGACUACGAAAUUCCGUGGCAAGAGGGACGGGCCAACUGGGACUGCAUGUUGGAGGCUGCCACCAACGGCAAGAUCGAUUUUGAUCGCAACCUUGACCGAGAGGAAUGGAGGAGCAUAGAUGGCAGAAAGCAUCUGCGUUGGGAAAGAAUCCGACAUGGAGGGCAUAAUAGAAUUCAGACGAGUGAACAGGUACGACUGGCGAUACUGCGACUGUUGGGAGGCGACUAG